AUGAAAACUCUCUUUUCCUUCCUGUGCACCGCAUGCCGCAAAGUUCAUCUCAAGUUCCGAGGGUGCGGAUAUGAUCCGUAUGGGGAUAAUAUCUGCGUCAAGGAACGAAACAAGCGCCCCGAGGUUAUCGCUGAGCCGACAGUAAGUAUCCGGCUGUUGAGCAAAGCCAGGGUGCCGGCGAUAGCAAAAGGCAACCUCGGCGUUGAAAAGGCACACUUGGCCGGCCCAAACCGGGCCAGGACCCCCGGCCGUGCUCACCCUGUCCCCAUCUUCCCGACACCGGAAUUCCAAAGGCAGCUUCAGGAGGCCGCUUCAGCGCUUGUCUUUGUUCAGAGUGCCGCCGUGAGUGGUUCGCGCGUCAACCGCCUCAGUACCCAUGCGUUUCGGUGA